AAUAUCUGUUAGAAGUUUUUACCAAAAGAAAUUAAUUCCCUCGACCAUCUCCCAAUCGCUGCUGCUGCUGCUGCUGCUCUCCUCGUUGACAAUGCAUCGAUUCCGAUCCGUAUUGUGCCGCGGUACUCUUAAUUGCGGAAGCAGCAGCUCUAACGCCUCCGCUGCUCAAUUUCUUCAUAAUAGCCGCGCUUGGAGAUGUCUUCCCCAUCCCCCGGCUCCCGCCGCCGUGGCGGCGCCGUGCCAGUUCCGUCUUUUCUUCUGCAGAACUCUAAUUCUUCAAACAGUCCCCAAUGUGGUGAGAAUAGAAAAACUCUCCGAUUCGGAUUCAGGGAUUGUGGAUUUGAAGCUGGAGAGGGCUGAGGCAAAGAACGCGAUCAGUAAGGAAAUGCUGAGGGGAUUGCAGAAUGCGAUAGUGGAGAUUGAUAAUGACUCAUCGGCCAAGGUCGUUAUAGUCAGCAGUUCCAUUCCUAGGGUUUUUUGCGCUGGUGCUGACCUCAAGGAGCGCAGACUGAUGAAUACCUCUGAAGUUGAGCAUUUUGUUAACUCUCUGCGUUCAACGUUCUCCUCACUGGAGGCACUCUCUGUUCCUACUAUUGCUGUUAUUGAAGGAGCGGCACUAGGUGGUGGGCUAGAAAUGGCUCUUUCUUGUGAUCUUCGUAUAUGCGGGGAGGAUGCUGCAUUUAGCAUGCCGGAGACUGGACUUGCAAUAAUUCCUGGAGCUGGUGGAACCCAACGACUUCCAAGGAUAGUUGGAAGAUCAUUAGCAAAAGAACUCAUAUACACUGCCAGAAGGUUUGGUGGAAGAGAAGCUUUGUCCAUGGGCCUUGUGAAUUACUGUGUUCCAACAGGAGAAGCUUAUACUAAGGCUCUUCAAAUUGCCAGAGACAUAAAUGAAAAGGGACCAUUGGCUAUAAAGAUGGCUAAAAAGGCAAUCGAUGAAGGAAUGCUACAGGUGGAUUUGGCUUCAGCCUUGUCAAUUGAGGAAGAAUGCUAUGUGCAGCUUCUUCAUUCUCAGGAUCGCCUCGAAGGAUUAGCAGCCUUUGCCGAAAAGCGAAAGCCUAAAUAUGCUGGCAAGUAAGAGAUAAUUUAGGCAUUGUUUGGGACAACUUUUUUACUGCUUUUUAAAGUAGUUUUUUAAUACAAAAAUUUUUGAGAAACAGUAAAAGAAGUUGUCCCAAACGAAGCCUUACUCAUCUCAUGAAGUACUUAUUUUCCGCUUGACAUUUUUUUUAUCCAUAAAAGGGUGAUUUAUAUUUAGGUUUUGUUUGGGGU